UGUGAGCGCUGUGAGCGGUGUGAUCGCGGCCAUCCCGGCGCUGCCCAUAGUGCGGCGGCUGCUCUCGCCAUGGCGGCCGGCAGCGGCACGAAGGCGGCCGAGCGGCUCUACGACAUGGUGGUGUUCGGCGCCUCGGGCUUCACCGGACAGUUCGUGGUGGAGGAGGUGGCGCGGGCGGCGGCGGCGGCGGCCGCCGGCGAGGGUCCGCUGUGCCGCGGCCCCUUGCGCUGGGCCGUGGCCGGGCGGAGCCGCGAGAAGCUGCGGGCGGUGCUGGAGCGGGCGGCCGAGCGACUGGGGAAGGCGACGCUCGGGGCAGAGGUCGACGUGCUGCUGUGCGAUGUGGGCGACGCGGUCUCGCUGGCCGCCAUGGCGAAGCAGACCCGGGUGGUGCUGAACUGCGUGGGCCCGUAUAGAUUCUUUGGAGAGCCUGUGGUAGAAGCUUGUGUUGAAAAUGGUGCAAGCUGCAUUGACAUCAGUGGAGAGCCCCAGUUCCUGGAGGGAAUGUACCUGAAAUACAACGAAAAAGCUGCGGAAAAGGGGGUAUAUGUCGUUGGAAGCUGUGGCUUUGACUCCAUACCAGCUGAUAUGGGAGUACUGUACACCAGAGACAAGUUGAAAGGUACCUUAACUGCUGUUGAAAGUUUCCUGUCGGUAAAAUCUGGGCCUGAGGGUGUUUGUGUACACGAUGGGACCUGGAAGUCAGCUGUCUAUGGCCUUGCGGAUGAAGACAACCUGAGGAAGCUUCGAAAAAAGAUAGGAUAUGCCCCUGUUCCAAUAGUUGGUGCAAAGCUUAAAAAAAGAGGAUUUUUGUUUUACAAUCAGGAAUUCAAAGAGUACUCUAUUCCAUUCAUGGGAUCUGAUGGUUCUGUUGUGAAACGGACUCAGCGUUAUUUGCACACAGAGUUGCAGGAAACACCUGUCCAGUAUGGUGCUUAUGUGAAUGUAGGUGGUCUUGGCUCUGUUAUCAAGCUGAUGUUUGCUGGCAUGUUAUUUCUUCUUCUGGUGAAGUUUAACUUUGGAAGAAAACUUCUGACAAAAUACCCAGAAUUUUUCUCUGCUGGACGUUUCACAAAGGAAGGACCAACCCAGAAACAGAUGGAUGGAACCUCUUUUACAAUGACUUUUUUUGGUGAGGGUUACAGUGAGGGGCAAGAUCCCCAGAGUGGCAAACCAAAUGUGAAGAUCUGCACUGAAGUGAAAGGACCAGAGCCUGGAUAUGUUGCUACACCUAUUGCAAUGGUUCAAGCAGCUGUAUCUCUUCUGGAAGAUGCACCUUCUCUGCCUAAACGGGGUGGUGUAUAUUCUCCGGGAGCUGCCUUCUCCAAAACAAAACUGAUUGAUCGCCUCAACAGACGUGGCGUUGAGUUCUCUGUUAUUAGCAAGCCUGAAGUCUGAAGACAAAACAUAACUAUGAAUUAACACCUUUACUGGGUCUAACUCAAAUAAAACUCAUUUGGCUGCAAAAGCCUAAUCGUAAAGUAGUUUCACUGUGCAAUUGUUUGCAGCAGAAACAGAAGAAAACUUGAGUUAAAUGUAUAAUACUAUUUGCUAAAGUGAGAAAAUCCCUAAAGGGUGGGUAUGAAGUUUUAAUUCACAGACAUAUUAAAUUGGUAACUUCUUGGGUACUAGUUCUAGAAUUUUAAUGUUGUUCAUCUAAGUUUUUCAGGUUCCUACUUAGUGGACCAGCUGUAGUGUCUGCUUCACAAGUAACCAUAGCCAUCUCACUUCACCCCUUCUGCAACUAUGUAAAGCAGGCAGGCCUGGGAUAACAAGUGCCUUAGCAGAUGAAACCACUAGUUACUCCUUGUGUUUGGCAUGUCUUUAAUACCAUUUUCAAUUAAUCUUUAUUUAAUAACUGUUCUUAGUGCAGAUCUGUGUGUUAGGGUUUCUUCAGUUAGGUAAGUAGUAAUAAACUGUAUUACUUUUGCACAUUGUAA